AUGAGCGCAGAGAUGGAGUCCAACUCUUCCCUCGAGAAGCGCAGCACCCACGACGAGAAGGCACCCCACUCCCACCAUGUCCUCGCCGCCGACCUCGACACCGCGGCCGCCCUCACCGCUGGCAAGGACUUUGUCCUCGACCCCGCCGAGGCUGCGCGCGUCAGGCGGAAGAUCGACUUGCACCUCAUGCCGCUCAUGUGCAUCCUCUACAUGAUGCAGUUCGCCGACAAAACCACCCUCGGCCAGUCUGCCGUCCUUGGCCUUCUGAACGGCCCGAAACACUACAUCGACCAGAACCAAUUCAACUGGCUCAGCACCGUCUUCUACCUCUUCUUCCUCGCCUUCGAGUGGCCGCAAAACCUGGCGCUGCAGUACCUCCCCGUUGGUAAAUGGAUGAGCUUCAACAUCUUCGUCUGGGCCGUCGCGCUCCUCUGCCACGCCGCGGCAAGGAACUUUGGCGAGUUCUUCGCGUGCCGCGCCUUCCUCGGCAUAUGCGAGGGCGCCAUCACGCCCGGGUUCAUGAUCGUGACCUCGAUGUUCUACACGCGCCAGGAGCAGACGCAGCGGGUGGGCUACUGGUUCCUCAUGAACGGCGCGGCGAUCAUCCUGCUCGGGCUCGUCGCGUACGGCACGCUCCACAUCCACAACGACGUCCUCCAGGCCUGGCAGUGGCUCAUGAUCAUCACCGGGAUCAUCACCCUCGUCACCGCGGUCGUAUUCUGGUUCAUGUUCCCGGACUCGCCCGCGACGGCGUGGUUCCUCACGCCCGAGGAGCGCGUCAUUGCCGUCGAGCGCAUCAAGGUCAACCAGGCCGGGGUCGAGAACAAGCACUUCAAGCGGGACCAGUUCAUCGAAACACUGCGGGACCCGAAGACGUGGAUCUGGUUUUUCUUCGCCGCGAUCUCGAACGUCACGAACUCGCUCUCGAACCAGCGCCAGAUCAUCGUCGCAGGCUUUGGCUUCACGCCGCUCCAGACGACACUCAUCGGCUGUGUCGACGGCGUGGUCGAGAUCAUCGUCAUCUUCUGCACCGUCACCUCCGCGGCGUACUGGAAGAACGGGCGCGCGUGGUCGGGCAUCAUCGCCUACGCCGUCGCCAUCCUCGGCUCGAUCCUCGUCAACACCCUCCCGUCCUCGACCCGCGUCGGCCUCCUGUUCUCCUACUGGAUCUCGAUCACCUCCAUCGCCCCCUUCGUCGUCAUGCUCGCCUGGGUCGGCUCAACCACCGCCGGCCACACAAAACGCCUCACCACGAACGCGAUCGUCAUGAUCGGCUACGCGGUCGGCAACUCCGCCGGGCCGCAGUACUGGAAGAAGGCCUACCAGCCCCGGAACCACAUCCCGUGGGCGAUCCUCUCCGCGUGCUGGGCCGCCUCCGCGCUCCUCCUGCUCGCCCAGCGCGUGCACCUCGCGCGCGAGAACGCGCGGCGCGAGCGCGAGGGCCCCGCUGCGGAGAGCGAUGAGGUGUACAUCACCACGACGGACGCGGACGGGCACGCGGUGGAGCGGAAGGUCGACCGCGCGUUCCUCGACCUGACCGACGGCCAGAACCGCGAGUUCCGGUACGUGCUCUAG